AUGUCAGACAAGAAGCCUGAGCCCAAAGAGCUCUCAGACGAAUACAUCCUAGCCGCCAUCGCCAAAGAAUCAAAAGAAUUCGACAAGGACGCUGAAAUCGAUCGCAUCCUCAAAGCCUUCCGUCUCGAUGCCUACGCUGUACUCGACCUUCAACCCGGUGUCCCCGACAACGACAUCAAGAAAUGUUACCGCAUGAAAUCCCUCCUUAUCCAUCCCGACAAAACCACAAAUCCUUCGGCGCCUGAUGCCUUCGAUCGCCUUGCAAAAGCACAACAAGCACUCCUGGACGAGAAAGAAAGAGCGAAACUGGAUGAAUGUAUAGCAGAUGCACGUAUGCUGUUGAUACGCGAGCGCAAACUCACCGUCGACAGCGAAGAAGUCAAGGAUCCUGACGAUGAGUUCCGCAAGGCCUGGAGAGAAAAGACAAAGGUCGUGCUGGUGGAUGAAGAACUGCGGAGGAGAAAAAGAAUGAAGGCUCAGAUGCAGGAAGAAGGUCGUGCUCAGAAGAAGGAGGAAGAGGAGAUUGCUGAGCGCAAGAGGAAGAGGGAGUUUGAGACAAAGUGGGAGCAGUCGCGUGAGGAGCGCAUUGGUUCCUGGCGUGACUUCCAGAAGGGAAAGCAACCCGACAAGAAGAAGAAAAAGAUGAAGACUUUGGGUUGA